AUGUUACUGAAUGUGAAGCUCCUGUACAAAGUUGAAAAAAACGAUCUUAAAGAACUUGAAUGGUAUUUGGAAAAGGCUGAAAAGGGUAAUUCAUAUAGACUGUUGAUCCUAGACGACCAAAAAGACUCUGCCAAUGCUAAAGAAGAGGUACCGAAAAUUGGAAUUAAAGUUAAAAAAGAUGAUCCUAAGGGACUUGAAUGGUAUUUGGAAAAGGCUGAAGAGGGUAAUUCGGAUGGACUGUUGAUUCUAGAUGACCAAAAAGACCCUGCCAACGCCAAAGAAGAGGCACUGAACAUUGGAAUUGAAGUUGAAAAGGACGAUCCUAAAGAACUUGAAUGGUAUUCGGAAAAGGCUGAAGAGGGUAAUUCGUAUGGACUGUUAAUCCUAGAUGACCAAAAAGUCCCUGCCAAUGCCAAAGAAGAGGCACUGAACAUUGGAAUUGAAGUUGAAAAGAACAAUCCUAAAGCACUUGGAUGGUAUUUGAAAAAGGAAGACCCAGCUGGACUGAAUAAUGAACCAAUCAAGAUGGAUCAUCAAAGGCCUGCGGAUAUAGAACAUGCAGUUGAAGAGUCCGAACCUGAUUUUUAUCAGGAACUUGAAGAUACAGAAGAUGAAAAGAAAGUCAAUAAUGAUGGUGUUAACGAUAAUGAUAAUACGAUAUUUGACUAUGAUGGAACCAAGAUUGAGAAGGAUAGAAUUGAAGUUGAAAAGGAUAAAUGUAAAGCCCUUUGA